GCCGACGAGAAGAGACCGCUUUUACCAUGGCAGUGUCUGAUGGAACUGUGGGGUCACUACAGGUCAAUGCCACCACAGUGGGGUUCAAAACAGAUGUUGGUAUCACUUCCACUGUCUCCCUGGUUGUGAAACAGGAAUGGAGUGAAGAUCUGACAGAUGUCACCAGCGUUGCUUACAAAAACCUGGAGAAACAAGUAGAGAAAGGGUUUUUCCAGGCUCUCAUCACUACUGUUGGGUUCCAGAGAGUUGAGGUUUCCAAAUUUGAAAGGGAGAUGAACCAGACACGAGCCAAAAUCCGUGUGCUGUCAACUGACUACUCCACAGCGAAGGUCCAGGCCACUUUUCUGGAAGCUGCCAGUACCGGACGGGUGGGAACACUUCCUGUUGAUCCAGCAUCUGUGGAAGUCAAAAGAGAUGUGAGCACAACAACCACUGCAAGCUUUGUUCUCAGCCAGAAAUUCAACUCUGUUCUUACCAACAAGACAGCGGAAUAUCAGGUUCUUAAGAGGAAAGUUGAGCUUGAGCUAUUGGAGGUAUUGGUGGACCAGGGCAUUGGUUUCAAGCAGGUGGAUGUGGCAGAAUUUAAACAAAGUGUGGAGAACAAGACAGAAGUGGUACUUCGCGUCAUGGUAGCCCCCUACGCCCUGUCUACCAUCCAGACAGCCUUUACUAGAACAAUCUCCUCUGGGCAACUUGUCACCCUUCCAGUGGAAAAAUCAUCCGCUACCUUUACUAAGGACGUGAGUGUGUCAACAACUGCCACUAUGACGGUCUCCCAGUCAUGGUCCAAUGAUCUACAAGACCAGACAUCAAAGGCUUACAAGGACCUGAAAAUACGUGUGGAACAAGAGAUGACAGAGAAGUUAGUUCAGACUGUUGGAUUCCACACCAUCAGGGUGGUGAACUUCAAGAAAACGGAAACCAACCAGGUACAAGUGAUAGUCAGGAUUGUUGCAGCAGGAUAUGCCUCGUCACAGGCCCAACAAGCCUUUGUGCGAGUGGUGCAGACAGGAAGGGUGGUCACCAUCCCUGUUGUAUCAACAUCUGCUACUGUGAAGAUGGACGUAACCAAGUCACGGACAGCCCAGAUGACCUUAAACAGGCAGUUUUCGGCUGAGCUGACAAACAUGACAUCAGUGGCUACAAUGACUCUAAGGACACAAGUGGAAGAGGCACUAAGAGUAGAGCUGUCAGAGACACCUGGAUUUCAACGUGUUGUCAUUGUCAGCUUCAAAAACAGCUCUACAUCUACAGUAGUUGUGACAACUCGGUUGAUGGCGGCGUCCUACGCUGUGAAGAAUAUCCAGAAUGUUUUUGAAUCAAGGGUAUCGACUGGAAAGAUUGGAGCUGUUACAGUUCAGCCACAGUCUGCUGUAGUAACUGAGGAUGUCAGUACUUCUGCAACUGUGUCGAUGUCCGUCCCAGUGAGCUGGUCUGUUGACUUUCAGAACAAAACAACCCAGGCGUACCAGGAUAUCAAGGUCAAAAUAGAGCAAAAUGUGAACGAAAAGUUGCUGACAACAGCUGGCCUCAGUGGUAUAGAAGUCACUCAGCUUAAGCAAACACAAUCAGGAAAAGUUGAAGUUAUCCUAAGGGUUGUUGCUGCCCAGUACGCCCUGUCUGAAGUCCAGCAGAACUUUGUGACACUGGUGAAAACGGGCAAGAUUGGAACACUGGAUGUCAUUUCUGAAUCUGCGAUAAUGAAGAAAGAUGUGACCCUUUCCAAGACUGCUGAGAUCACCGUGAGCCAAGCCUGGUCAGUGGAAUUGACCAACACCAGCAGUAUGGCCUUUACCGUGCUGAAAACUCAAGUGCAGGAGGCUGUGACAUCAGAGCUCGUGAACACCAUUGGUUUUCAACGUGUAGAUGUGACAUCAUUCAAGCAGGGAAGCAGCAAUACCACAGUUGCAGUGAUGCGGAUGAUAGUUGCAGCUUAUGCAAGCAAAACUGUGGAGACGUCAUUCCAACAAGUCGUCUCAACUGGACGAGUUGGAACCCUGAGUCUAAACUCCACAUCAGCUACAAUAACUACAGAUGUGAGUGUGUCAUCUACAAUGACGAUGUCUGUGGCACAGAACUGGACAAUGGACCUCGUAAACAGAUCCACAGAGGCCUACACAGUACUUGUUAGGCAGAUAGAGCAAGAGAUGACUCAGAAACUUCUGGUGAACGUGGGAUUCCAAGGACUUGAAGUGACUCAGUUUAAGCAAACGGAGUCCAACCAGAUCCUUGUGAUUGUGAGGAUAGUAACUGCUGUCUACGCCCAGACAUUGACACAGCAGACCUUCAUCACCACUGUAAAGUCUGGGAGUGUUGGAAGCCUGUCUGUGGUCAGCACAUCAGCAGCCAUCCAAACAGAUGUGGCUACCUCCCAGACUGCCCAGAUGACCUUGACACAAACAUGGUCGACUGACCUUCAAAACAGCACCACACAGUCCUUUGUGACAUUGCAGAAGCAAGUGGUCAAUGCUCUGAACAUAGAGAUGGGAAAUACUGUUGGCUUCCAGCGAGUUGUCGUUACAAAGUUUACCAAAAGCUCUACCAACACGGUUGUUGCUGAGGUCCGUAUGAUAAUGGCUGCCUAUGCAGCAGACGCUGUGGAGAAUGUUUUUGUACAAACAGUUUCAACGGGACAGGUGCAAGGGGUCCCGGUAGACAAGACAUCAGGAAACAUUGUUAGGGAUGUGAGCGUAUCUUCCCAAGUAACCAUGACAAUGAACCAAACAUGGUCCAUGGCAUUCCUGAACACAACAACUACAAUGUAUACGCAGCUCAAGACCCAAAUAGAAGAGAAGAUGACGGAGACACUUCUUACAACGAUUGGUUUCCAAGGGCUGCAAGUGGUGGAGUUUAAACGAACGGAGUCCAACAACAUCCAGGUGGUAGUGAACAUGGUGACAGCACAGUACGCCCAGACUGAUUCACAGCAGGCAUUUGUGGAUGUGGUAACUAUGGGUCAAAUAGCUGAGCUGCCUGUUGUCAAGACAUCAGCUGCCAUCCAGAAAGUUGUGACCACCUCACAGACCGCUCAGGUGACAGUAAAUCAACCUUGGUCAGCUGAUCUGAUGAAUAAGACAUCCAAGACCUUCAUGACUCUGCAGAAACAAGUCCAGAAUGGGAUCAGUGUGGAGCUGGGCAAUACCAUUGGAUUCCAGCGUGCCAUGGUGGUGAAUUUCAAGCAAAGCUCGAGCAACACAAUCAUUGUGGUGACACGUCUGAUAGCAGCCAGUUAUGCCGCCAGCUCUGUCCAGUCUGCGUUUGUGAGCACGGUGACUAACGGGCAGAUCAACCAGAUUGUAGUGGACAAGACAUCUGCUAAUAUUGUCAAAGAUGUGAGCACAUCAUCAUCAGUGACAAUGUCAUUGAACCAGACAUGGUCUGCAAACUUACUAAGUGUGAAGUCUGUCACCUACCAACAACUCAAGACCAAAAUAGAGGAAUCUAUGACUGCAAGACUGCUCACAACAUUUGGUGUCCAAGGUGUUCAGGUGGCAGGGUUUAAACAAACCAUGUCAACACAGGUCCAAGUAAUCCUGAGGAUUGUAGCUGCGCAGUAUGCCCAGUCUGCGGCACAGCAGAUGUUUGUAACAGUUGUACAGACUGAACAGAUAGCUGGUCUUCCUGUCAUAACUACAUCAGCUGUUGUCCAAAAGGAUGUGACGGUUUCUCAGACUGCCCAGAUGACAUUGGCACAGACGUUUUCAGCUGACCUUGCAAACAUGACCUCAUCUAGUUCUGUGGCAUUAAAAACACAGCUGGAAGAAUCGCUGAGUGUGGCGUUUGGAAACACUGUUGGCUUUCAACGUGUCAGCGUGGUAGAAUUCAAACAAAGUUCCAGCAAGACAGUUGUUGUCGUGACUAAAAUAGUGGUGGCCUCCUAUGCUUCAACCUCUGUCCAGACGAUUUUCGUUACAACAGUCAAGAGUGGCCGCAUUGGAACAAUAAGCGUGAAUACAGCAUCAGCAGUGGUUAAACAGGAUGUGAGUACAUCAAGCACUGUGACCAUGAUAGUAAAACAAACCUGGUCAACGGAGCUCAUGAAUGUGACAAGCGUCUCCUUCCAGACACUGAAGACAAAGAUUGAGGAAACGAUGACAGAAAAAUUGUUGAUGACAGUUGGAUUCCAGGGUCUUGAGGUGGCUGAAUUCAAGAAAACAGAAUCCAACAACAUUCAGGUCAUAGUGAGAAUAGUCACCGCCCAGUAUGCUGCCACCGCUACCCAGAAUGCAUUUGUUACCGUGGUAACCACUGGUCAGGUGACUGGUCUCGCCAUAGACAACACGUCAGCUGUCAUUCAGAAGGACGUUACGGUUUCUCAGACUGCGCAGAUGACCUUGACGAAGAAGUGGUCAGCUGACCUGGUGAAUAGAACAUCCGUGACCUUCAUCACCCUUCAAACACAGCUGCAAGAAGCUUUGAGUGUACAGUUUGGAACUGUGGUGGGUUUCCAAAGGGCCAACGUGAUACGAUUUUCACAAAGCUCUACCAACACAACUAUUGUCGUAGUCCGCAUGAUAGUGACGUCAUACGCAGCGACGUCAGUGCAGACAAACUUUGUACAAAUAGUGUCCUCUGGACAACUGGGUGGAAUUUCUGUGACUGCAAACUCUGCAAUGGUUAAGAAAGAUGUGAGCGUUUCCUCAUCCUUAUCCUUGACGGUCACCCAAGCCUGGUCAACUGCCUUACAGGACACAACAAGCGUGGCUUACAAACAACUCAAGACGCAAGUAGAAGAAACGAUGACGCUACAGCUGCUUGAGACAGUUGGUUUCCAGGGUUUGCAAGUGGCGGAGUUCCGACGAACAGAGUCCAACACCAUCCAGGUCAUUGUGAGGAUUGUGACGGCACAGUAUGCAGCAACAUCUACCCAGAAUGCAUUUGUUACCGUUGUAACCAAGGGUCAAGUCGUGGGUCUUGCUGUCGACAACACAUCUGCUGUUGUACAGAAGGAUGUGACAGUAUCUCAGACUGCCCAGGUGACCUUGACUCAACAGUUUUCUGCUGACCUUGUGAAUAAAACGUCCCAGGCCUUCAUCACUUUGCAAACACAAAUGCAGGAGGCUCUGACUGUGCAGUUCGGGACCACUAUUGGGUUCCAAAGAGUCAACAUUGUGGAGUUCACCCAAAGUUCCACCAACACAGUUGUUGUGGUAGUCCGGAUGGUGAUGGCCUCCUACGCUGCCAGCUCAGUCCAGACAACUCUUGUGCAGACCGUCGCAUCUGGGCAAAUUGGAUCCAUCUCUGUCAACUCCAGUGUGACUGCAACUGUCAAGAGAGAUGUCAGCGUUUCGUCCUCAUUGUCCUUGGCGGUGAAUCAAGCCUAUUCAGCUGACCUAGAGGACACUACCAGCGUGACUUACAAACAACUCAAGACACAAGUAGAAGAGGCGAUGACAAUACAGCUGCUGGAAACAGUUGGUUUCCAAGGCUUGCAGGUAGCAGAAUUCCGACAAACGAAGACCAACACCGUCCAGGUAAUAGUGAGAAUAGUGACAGCACAGUAUGCUGCCACAGCUACCCAGCAGGCCUUUGUUACCGUGGUAACCUCAGGUCAGGUCACUGGCCUCUCGGUCAUCAACACAUCAGCUGUAGUCCAGAACGACGUGACGGUGUCCCAGACUGCCCAGAUGACCUUGACACAGCAGUUUUCAGCUGACCUUGCAAACAAAACAUCUAAAGCCUUCAUCACUCUGCAGACAAAGCUACAGGAAUCAUUGAGUGUUCAGUUUGGAAACACGGUUGGAUUCCAAAGAGUCAUUGUCGUGGAGUUUACCAAGAGUUCCACCAACACAGUUGUUGUGGUAGUCCGGAUGGUGAUGGCCUCCUAUGCUGCCAGCUCUGUCCAGACCACGUUAGUACAGACUGUCAAAUCUGGGCAGCUGGCAGGCGUGUCCAUCAACUCCAAUGUCACUGCAACUGUCACGAAGGAUGUGACUUUAACAUCUUCGGUUUCGAUGGCCUUGACCCAGUCCUACUCAGCUGACCUGAAGGACAGCACUACUGUGGCUUACAAAACGCUCCAGACUAAGAUAGAGGAAUCUUUGUCCCUUCAACUCCUGCAGACUGUAGGUUUCCAGGGUCUACAAGUGUUACAGUUUAAGGAGACCCAAUCUAAACGUGUAGAAGUGGUAGUUGUGAUAGCUGCUGCUGAGUAUGCUCUCAAACAGUCCCAGCAGUCCUUCACCACAGUGGUCCGGUCUGGAAACGUUGGGGGCUUGUCUGUGGAUGCUUCCUCUGUAGUAGUCAAAAAGGACAUUGUGGUGUCCCAGACAGCCCAGAUGACCCUGAGCCAGAAAUUCUCAACUGAACUUGCAAACAAAAAUUCAGCAGUUUUCAUCACUCUUCAGACAAAACUGCAGGAAGCAAUCAGUGUUCAGAUGGGGAACACACUGGGCUUCCAGAGGGUUGUAGUUGUGGAGUUCCAGAACAGCACCUCCAACACAGUUGUUGUGGUUAUGCGUAUGGUCAUGGCCUCGUAUGCAGCUAAGACAGUGCAGACAUUGUACCAAGAGUCAGUUUCAGCUGGCCAGAUUGGAGGAGUUGCUGUUGUUCCAGGGUCAUCAACUGUCACCAAAGAUGUGGUCACAUCUGCUUCGGUUUCCAUGACGGUGGCUCAGUCCUGGUCCGCUGCCCUGUUGAACGUGACGUCUCAAACUUACCAACAGUUAAAGAUACAGAUUGAAGAAGUUAUUUCACAGAUUUUGGUGAAGACUUUGGGGGCCCAGGCAGCCAAAGCAGACCAAUUCAAGAGAACCAAAUCUGGGCAGGUUGAAGUGGUUCUGAGAAUUGCGGCCACAGAGUAUGCAAUAAAAGAAGCCCAGCAGUCGGUGAUCACCCAGGUCCGGACAGGGAAUCUCGGAGGCCUUGCUGUUGUCAACACUUCUGCGAUCAUCAAAAAGGAUGUGACUGUAUCUCAGACUGCGCAGAUGACCUUGACACAGACUUACUCAGCUGACCUUCAGAACAAGUCAUCAAAGGCCUACGUCACACUGAUGGAAUCAGUACAGGAGGCUUUAAGUGUGCAGUUGGGAAACACUCUCGGUUUCCAGCGUGUUGAAGUGGUGGAGUUCAAACAAAGCUCGACCAACACAGUUGUCGUGGUUACUCGUCUGGUUGUUGCAGCGUUCGCAGCAAAGAGUGUCCAAACAUCUUUUACACAAGCUGUCUCAUCUGGAGAAAUCUCCGGACUUGCCGUUAAUUCAACGUCUGCUGUCGUCACCAAAGAUGUGAGCGUGUCAUCCUCUGUAACUAUGACUGUGGCGCAGGCGUGGUCAGCUCAGCUCCAGGACCAGUCAUCUCAAGCCUUCAUCACACUACAGACCAAACUGGAGGAGGAGUUGACUCGGAAAAUGAUGACCAUCACAGGCUUUCAGGGCGUACAAGUUGCUCAGUUCAAGAGAAGUGAGUCUGGUCAGGUCCAGGUGAUUGUGAGAAUGGCAGCAGCCGAGCACGCCAUCGCACAAGCACAGCAGUCCUUUGUCACUGUGGUGCAGACUGGGAACAUUGCAGGAGUUUCUGUUGAUGCUUCUUCAGCAAGCAUUCAGAAAACAGUGACGACCUCCCAAACUGCCCAGAUGACCUUGACUCAGGCCUAUUCAGCUGACCUCCAGAACAAAGAAUCUGUGGCGUUCACAACGCUACAAACAAACCUGCAGGAAGCGUUGAGCGUAGAGUUAGGAAACACACUUGGUUUCCAACGUGUUGUAGUCACAGAGUUCAAACAGAGUUCCACCAACACGGUCAUUGUUGUGAUGCGUCUUGUCGUGGCAACAUACGCCUCCAGCUCUGUACAGACAACGUUCACUGAAGCCGUUUCCAUCGGUCAGAUCGGUACCAUCACUGUAGACAGCAAUUCAGCAACUGUCACCAAAGACGUGAGUACGUCGACAUCUGUGUCCAUGACUGUGAACGAAGCCUGGUCCACCCAACUGCUGAACACAUCGUCUGUAGAGUACGUCAGCUUCAAGACAAAGACAGAACAAGCUUUGACCAAGAGCAUGCUGAAUGUUGUCGGGUUCUCUGGAUUGGAGGUUGGACAACUGAAGCAGUCUUCCUCUGGACAAGUGCUGGUUAAGUUGAGGAUAGUUGCAGCCGAGUAUGCCUUAGCACAGGCCCAACAAUCGUUUGUCACUGUGGUGCAGUCUGGGAGCGUUGAAGGCAUCAAAGUUGAUACUACAUCAGCUGUAAUUCAGAAAGAUGUAACCACGUCCCAGACAGCACAAGUGACCUUGAGCCAAGCCUUCACAGCUGACCUUCAGAACACGACCUCGGUGGCAUUCACCACUUUACAAAGUAAAGUGCAGGACGCUCUUAGUGUGGAGUUAGGAAGCACUGUUGGAUUCCAGCGUGUGGUGGUUGUGGAAUUCAAACAAAGUUCUACCAACACAGUUGUGGCUGUGACCCGUCUGGUUGUGGCCACCUAUGCUGCCAGCUCUGCCCAGUCUGCUUUUGUCAAGACGGUAUCAUCCGGGCAGAUCGGGACCAUCGCGGUCAACGCUUCCUCAGCAACUGUCAGCAAGGAUGUGAGCGCAUCCUCAACAAUGUCCAUGACAGUCACACAGUCCUUCUCCGCUGAUCUACUGAACAGCUCCUCUGCAGCCUACCAAGCACUGGUGGUACAGAUUGAGAAAAGUAUGACAUCAACACUGCUGACUACAGUUGGGUUCCAGGCAUUUGAGGUGGCACGGUUCAAGAAAACGUCUUCAGGACAGAUCGAGGUUGUGGUGAGAGUGGUUGCAGCAGAGUAUGCUCUUGCUGCAGCUCAGCAGUCCUUUGUCACUGUAGUAAAAUCUGGGAGCGUUGCAAAUCUCACUUUGGAUACAACAUCAGCUGUCGCCAAAAAGACUGUGACUGCUUCCCAGACUGCCCAGAUGACCUUGACGGAGGCUUGGUCCGCUGACCUUCAGCAAACGUCAUCAGCAGCCUUUACCACACUGCAAACCAAAGUGCAAGAGGCUCUUACAGUUGAACUCGGAAACACUGUUGGAUUUCAGAGUGUCAAUGUUGUAUCUUUCAAAGAAAGUUCUACAUCCACAGUGACAGCAGUGGUCAGAGUGAUUGCAGUGUCCUAUGCUACAACAAGUGUGCAGAAUUCCUUCACACAGGUGGUCAGUUCCGGACAAGUAGGGACAAUAACGGUCAACAAGACGUCAGCGAUAGUAACGAAAGACGUGGGUUUGUCGACAACUGUGUCUAUGACGGUGAACCAAGCCUAUUCAGCUGCCCUACAGAACACGACAUCACAAGCCUUCAUCACUCUGCAGACACAGAUACAGCAGGCUAUGACAAAGAGUCUUCAGACCACAGCAGGCUUCCAGGCAGUGCAGGUUUCACAGUUCAAGCAAACGGAAUCAAGUAAAAUACAAGUCAUCCUGCGGAUAGUAGCAGCUGAGUACGCCCUAACCAAGGCACAGGAAAGUUUCACAACGGUCGUGAAGACGGGGAGUGUUGCAGGUGUUUCUUUGGAUGCUACUUCUGCCGUGGUGCAAAAAGAUGUUACGGUGUCAAGAACGCUUCAGAUGACCAUCAAACAAGCCUUCACCGCAGCCUUGCAGGACACGUCUUCACAGACCUUCAUCACCUUAAAAACUCAAGUUCAGGAUGCUGUAACAGAAGAGAUGUCUGCUACUGUUGGCUUCCAGCGUGCUGUGGUGGCUGAGUUUAAACAAGAGUCUAGUAACACAGUUGCAGUUAUCAGGACUGUCAUGGCUUCCUAUGCCUCCACAGAGGUGCAGAACUCAUUUGUUACUGUGGUAAAGAGUGGACAAGUGGGUAACCUGGUUGUCGAUGCCAACUCUGCGACCAUCAAACAAGACGUGACGGUUACUCGUACAGCAUCGGUGACCCUGAGCCAAGCCUGGUCAGCCACUCUGCUAAACAAAACAUCAACAGAGUUCAAGAUGCUACAGACACAAACAGAAACACAAAUGACAUCAGUGUUGCUUGUCAUCGUUGGCAUCCAAGGAGUUACAAUUUCUGAAUUCAAGGAAAGCUCCUCCAAGGUCCAGGCAGUUGUCAGACUUGUGGUGGCGGAUUAUGCCUCCAAGUCUUCCCAAACGUCAUUUGCGACUGUCGUGGAAACUGGAAAGAUUGGUACCAUAAGCGUGGACCCUACAUCGGCAGUUAUCACAAAAGAUGUGAGUGUCACAUCCACGACCUCCAUGACCUUGACCCAGUCCUUCACUGCUGACCUCACCAACACAACAAGUGCAGCAUUUAUUGCCCUCAAGACUACGGUGGAACAGUCGAUAUCAGAAACCCUGAUUCAGACCGUUGGUUUCCAAAGAGUAGAAAUUGUAGAGUUUGUACGAUCUGAAAGUGGACAGGUCCAGGCAAAGGUGAGGAUGGUGGUGGCAGAUUUUGCAACCACGUCUGUGCAGACGGCGUUUACUACAGCCGUCAAGACUGGAAGUGUGGGGACUCUAACAGUAGAUCCAAACUCCGUAGUAGUGGAAAAGGAUGUGAGUACGACAUCCUCCAUAUCCAUGAAGAUGACCAGUGUGACGUGGAAUACAGCCUUAAUGAAUACGUCUUCCAAGGCCUUCAGCAGUCUUAAGCUUGAUGUGGAAGAGUCGUUGCUGCUUGUGAUGGUGUCAGUAGUGGGAUUCCAGCGAGUGGAAGUAGCUGAGUUCAAAGAGUCCAGCGGAAAUGUAGAGGUGGUUUUGCGUAUGAUGGUGACGAGUUACGCCUCAGCCAGUGUUACCACAUCCUUUACCCAAGCCGUAACAUCAGGAAAGAUCGGAACCAUCACUGUAGACCCCGCAUCUGCCGUGGCCAUGAAAGAUGUGAAUGUGGCAUCGAAAGUGGCCAUGACAGUCACCCAAACAUGGAACCAACAGCUGACCAACACGUCAUCUACUGAAUACACUCGGUUAAAGACCCAACUAGAAACUUCGUUACAGCAAACGUUCCUGACCAUUGUUGGCUUCCAGAGAGUGGAGAUACAAGAGUUCAAGAAAGUUGGCAGCAACAUCCAGGUCAUCAUCAUCCUGGUGGUUGCCCAGUACGCCACCACAUCGGUGUCCACGUCCUUCAGUACUAUCGUGUCAUCUGGAACUAUUGGGACUAUCACUGUCGAUGUGAACUCUGCAACUGAGGAGAAAGUUGUACCUGUGACACGCAGUACAACUGUGUCGCUGACUGAGUCCUGGAAUGCUGCUUUACUGGACUCAAAUACUACAGAGUACAAAACCCUCAAAACCAAAGUGGAAAACUCUUUCUUUGAGGUUUUUGUAGUUAUUACUGGAUUCCAGAGGGUCACAGUUGUUGAGUUCAAGGAAAGCUCUGGUGUUGUGUCGGUGGUUCUGCGGAUUUCCUUGUCUUACGCAGCUUCCACGUCCUUCGUCACCACUAUCAAGACUGCUGUGUCCUCCGGAAAAAUAGCUGCUGUGUCUGUCAACCCUGCCUCGCUACAGCUGGCAGUAGACAAGCGUGUUGUGCAGCAGGCAACCUUCAAACUGACGCAGCCCUGGUCGGCCAAUCUGCUGGUGGUCACUUCAACAGAGUUUAUUACACUCAAGAAGACUGUGGAAACCCAGUUCUUCCAAACCUUUGUAAACAUCAACGGCUUCCAGUCAGUGACUGUCAAAGAAUUCCAGGAAUCGAGCGGAACUGUUACUGUUAUCUUCUACAUCAUUGUGGCGGAGUUUGCCACCACCACUGUAUCAACAACGUUCACCACAGCUGUGCAGUAUGGAACUGUUGGAACCCUGACAGUGGUCACAACCUCAGCUGCUGUCACUGUCCCAGUGGAACGAACCAUCUACAGCAACCUUGUGGUGUCAAAUCCAUAUGACUGUAACUUGUUGGACAAGAAAAAUUCCAAGUACACCAGAUAUGUCAACCAGUUUACAGCAAAUGCACCCCAGGCCCUCCCGCUCAUCCCAGGGUUCAAGAGUUUUGAGUUGCUCUGGCUGGGAACAUGGAGAGAUGGCGGCAUUCUAGUUAACAUGAAGCUGAACGUGAGUGAGGCCACGACGAAAGACGGCGUCCAGCAAUGGAUGAAAACCAUUUCUGAAGGAGGAGACUUCGGCGACCUGAAGCUUAAGUCUACUGGAUACGGAGCAGCAACAUCAGAUGCAGAACUUCCACAACCAGCCCAGGCUGACUUCGAGCUUUUGAAUCUCACUCUAUCAGCAGCAUCGCCGAAACAGGUCUACCCAGCUGGUGUCAUCAAAACGAAGUUCGACUUCUUCAUAAAAAAUUUGGGUAAUCUAGAUGUUGCAGUGACAACGAAUGCCUUUGCCACGUUUAAGGCAUAUUUCACGAAUAACGCGGAAUUGGAGUCUGCUACAGUGAAGUCCAAUGCUACAGAUGUCACCGUUCCUAUAAGCUCAGAGGCGUUGCUGCACGUGGGACUCAAUGCAAAGGGAGCAGAACAAGUAGGAAUAAUAAAUGUGGUGGCACCACUUCAAGUCCCUGAGUCAAACUGUGGUGACUUCACCCAUGUGUGCAUCAAUACUGUCGUAGCAGACGUGCCUGCCUUCUUUGACUACCAGCCGUGUAACAACGACGCGUGUUACGAGCUAAAGGCUGUAGGAGCAGGCGGUGGGCUGGAGAAGAACUGUCCACGAUUGACAGGAAUAUGCAGCCCUGCAUGCCACGCCGAUGCCACCUGCCACCGUGAAUCCGGUACACCGACAUGUGAAUGUGAUCACGGCUUUAGAGGGAACGGACAAACAUGUGCAGAUAUCGAUGAAUGCAGCACUAAUCCAUGUGAUACAGCCGGGAACCAAGUUUGCAAAAACCUGGAGGGAAGUUUUGAGUGUACCUGUAAACCCGGGUAUCAACUCAACCAUGGGUCAUGUGUGGCUACCUCCAAGUUCCGCUCCACCAUGAGCUUUACAUCCCUGACGUACAGCUCUGACCUGGCCAACCCAACAUCAGCACUCUACAUCCAAACUCAGCGUACUGUGGUCAUCACGAUCACAAAGGUCUUCAAGCUCAGCACUGUCAGGUCCUCCUUUGUCGGAGUGACAGUUCUGGGGUUCAGCCCGGGGAGUAUUAAGGCUGACGUAUCGCUUGACGUGGCCAGUGACGCAAACCUGACCCCUAGUGACAUGUCGGGGGCCUUCAAGAACGGAUCUGCAGCUCUGAACGACACGUCAUUAGGAUUGGACACGUCAUCAACAAUUACUGAUUACAAUGAGUGUGCUAAUGAGACAGACAACGACUGUUCUCCGUAUGCAAAUUGCAACAACACGGUUGGAGGUUUCAACUGUAGCUGCCGUGAUGGCUUCCUGGACAACUCUACUGACAGCACCCGUCCUGGGAGAAGCUGUGUGAACAUUUCAAGGCCAUCAUCUGCACCACCCACAACAGCAUUUCCAGUGCCCCCGACGGCAAGUAUGAGACCACCCACUGCCACUGUCCCACCUACUGCAGCCCCAACUGCAAACGUGUCAGCACCUGCAUCACUACUCCGUGGACCCUCCACUGGUGUACCCACUAUACGGCCAACAGCAACAGUACCUCCAUUGCUGUCUGUAAGCCCGGGUAUUAAACCUACUGUGGCACCGACUGCGGCACUUUCUGCACCACCAACUGCGGCACUUUCUGCACCACCAACUGUGGCACCAACUGCCAGUUUGGGAGUUGCACCAACGGCAGCAAGUCCAGGGGCAGGGCAGACAACUGCACCUGGAGUGCAACCAACUGCAAGUGUGCAACCAACCGUUCCUGUAGUACAACCAACUGCAAGUGUGCAACCUACCGCUCCAGUACAGCCAACUGCAAGUGUGCAACCAACUGCACCAGUAGUGCAACCAACUGCAAGUGUGCAACCAACUGCACCAGUAGUACAACCAACUCCAAGUAUACAACCAACUGCACCAGUAGUACAACCAACUGCAAGUGGGCAACCAACUGCUCCAGUAGUACAACCAACAGGAAGCGUGCAACCAACUGCUCCAGUAGUACAACCAACUGCAAGUCCUGGAGCUGGAGCACAACAGACAACAGCCCCAGUGCUACAGCCAUCACCUAGUGCAGGCGCACCAGACGCAUCUCAGACUACUGCAGCAGCUGCUGCACAACCAUCAGCAACUGCAGGGCAGCAGGCAACUGCAGGUACCUCUGCACCAUCGGUAGCACCCACAUCCCCAGCAGCAACGGAUGCACAACUAACACCGAGUGUCCAACCAACUGCAACAGAUGCACAACUAACAGCUAGUGUACAACCUACAGUGACGGUGGUGCAACCAACUGCUUCAGUAGCCCCCAGUGUUGCAGCAUCAGCAGCCCCUACAACUGCCGGACCAACCGGAACAUUACCACCAGGAACAGUCGUGGUUGAAGCUGGUACAGUGAAGGUAACCUUCCGCAGCCCCAACACCUUCACUCCUGCCGAAAGUGUCGACAUGUGGUUCGACUACACUUUCGAGAACAAGGGGAACACUGACAUCCCUGCCAGUAACAGCACUAAUGCAGCCUUGAAGGUUUACUUCACCAACAAUGCACAGUUUGAGUCUGCCACCAUCAAGUCUCCGCCCUCUACAGUCACGCUAUCAGCCUUCGACAGCGCUCUCUCCAGACAGGGCAUCAAACAGGGCGCUUCCUUCACGGCGCUCGAUGCCACAGCAGCCGUUUCGGUCCCUGAGGCCAACUGUACCUCCUUCACGCAUCUCUGUACGGUUGUGACCUACGCGACCCUGGGCAACCGGUAUGCGGACCGCACGGACACCUGUCUAGCCCUGGGGUCGGGGUCCAACCAAGCUGGACCGCUGGAUUGUACUAAAGUGACACAAACAUCCUGUUCCGGCUGUGAUUCUAACGCAGUUUGUGCGACGGUGGCAGGCCAGGCCAAGUGUGUCUGUAAAGGAGGGUUCACUGGAGACGGUACCACAUGUACAGACGUGAACGAGUGUACAUCAGGCACUCCCUGUAGCAGCCUGGCCAACUCCAGAUGCGUGAACACGGCCGGCUCGUACGAGUGCCAGUGUGUGCCCCGCUACUACAAGAAACGGCGGGAGUGCAUGACCACGCUGACGUACCAAGUGGAAGUGACGUUCACAGCCUAUAACUACACUUCUGAGUUGGCAGACAGCAACUCCACGGAGUUCAUGAAGCUAGAAUACACCUACUCUGAGGAGAUGUCUUACGUCUACCUGACAAGUACACUGAAGGAUUCCUUCCACGGAAUGCGCGUGUUGAACUUCCGAUCUGGUAGUGUUAUUGGCACUCACGCAGCCAACUUGGCAAGCAGCGGUGGACAGAGUACGAGCAAUGUACAGAACGCCGUGAACUCAGCUAUCGGUUCCGCAUCAGGAACUGCUCUACAGAUGCAAGCAAACGUCAAAGUUGCAGAUUACAACGAGUGUGCUAAAGCCAGUGACAAUGACUGCAGUGAAAUGGCAGAUUGUAUCAACACAGUUGGUUCCUUCACCUGCAAGUGUAAGACUGGGUAUGAGGACAGGAACCCCUCUACACCUGGAAGGAACUGUUAUGAUGCUUCCCGACUUGCCCUGAUUAUUGGAGGUGUGAUCGGCGGGCUGUUGGCUCUACUGUUGCUGCUCUGCCUCUGUCACCAGUGUAUCAAGAAGCAGAGGGGCACGAAGAAAUCUGUGGACCUGAAGUCUAUAGACACGGGGGGCCUCGUGUGGGCCCGGCAGGACGAUCGCACCUUCUGGUGGCCCGGAGAGGUGGUGCCUGGGAAGGAUGGAGAUGGCAGUCGGUGGGUCAAAUGGCUCGGCAUCAACACUUUCUCUCCGGUGGAGACUGUGGAAGUUGAUAAGUUCCAGUCGGUGAAUCAACACUUCAGCGCCAAGGCCCAUGCCGGUCUGGGGUCAUACCGUGCAGGUAUUGAGCAGAUCAAGCGGAAAUCCAUGGAGUACCCAGAACAGGCUCCGCCCUACAAUGGCGAUGGCCAGUAUGCAGAGAAACCAGCACCUGGCCCGCAGUACAAGAGCCUGAUUGUACCGUACUACCAGGAUCCUGAGAGGUACGCCCAACAGCAAGAGGUUUCCCAGGUCCUGGCUCGCCCCCCUCGACCCUCGGUACGCGCGCCACCAAAGUACAGCUCCGGCUUUAAAGGGAACGCAGAGUACCAGGAGUUCUCCUUCAAACUCAAGUAACAAGACGGCCGAAGAACAACCAAUUAAUGCCUGUAGGAAUAGCGAUAUUCAUGCGGAUUGCAUGUAUU